CCCAAACUCCGUUAUCGCCAUCACCAUCAUCCAUGGACCACAUCCCUUUAUCACCCCGUGUCAUCCCCGCACUGACCUCGGUGGUGUCGUGGAUAGGACACGGGUGUCCCCACGGGGCAUCAUGCCGCUGGGGCAGGAUGGAUCCAGCUGGAAGAAGAGGACUGAGGAUAUUCGUCGCAUCUAUGAGUUCCGAGAGGUCUUGGGCACCUGGACUCUCUCCCCGUCACCACGGCCCCCCGCGGCGGCUCCGGCCACGCUCACCCCUCGCUCCGCACAGGGGGGCCUUCUCCGAGGUGGUCCUGGCGGAGGAGAAGGCGACGCGGAAGCUCGUGGCCAUCAAGUGCAUCGCCAAGAAGGCGCUGGAGGGGAAGGAGACCAGCAUCGAGAACGAGAUCGCCGUCCUGCACAAGAUCAAGCACCCCAACAUCGUGGCCUUGGAUGACAUCUAUGAGAGCAGCACCCACCUCUACCUCAUCAUGCAGCUGGUCUCGGGGGGGGAGCUCUUCGACCGCAUCGUGGAGAAGGGUUUCUACACGGAGCGGGACGCCAGCGCCUUGAUCCGGCAGAUCCUCGAUGCCGUCAAGUACCUGCACGACAUGGGCAUCGUCCACCGCGACCUGAAGCCCGAGAACCUGCUCUAUUACAGCAUGGACGAGGACUCCAAGAUCAUGAUCAGCGACUUCGGGCUGUCCAAGAUCGAGGGCUGCGGCAGCGUCAUGUCCACGGCCUGCGGCACCCCCGGCUACGUGGCCCCCGAGGUGCUGGCGCAGAAGCCCUACAGCAAGGCGGUGGAUUGCUGGUCCAUCGGGGUCAUCGCCUACAUCCUGCUCUGCGGUUACCCCCCAUUCUAUGAUGAGAACGAUGCCAAACUCUUCGAGCAGAUCCUGCGGGCUGAGUACGAGUUCGACUCACCCUAUUGGGAUGACAUCUCAGACUCGGCCAAAGACUUCAUCCAGCACCUGAUGGAGAAGGACCCCUGCAAGCGCUUCACCUGCGAGCAAGCCCUGCAGCACCCCUGGAUCGCCGGGGACACGGCGCUGGACAAGAACAUCCACCAGUCGGUGAGCGAGCAGAUCAAGAAGAACUUCGCAAAGAGCAAGUGGAAGGUGAGGGACACUGUGGGGUCGGCAGCAAGCCUUCAACGCCACGGCGGUGGUGAGGCACAUGAGGAAGCUGCAGCUGGGAACCAGCCAGGAAGGCCCCGCACAGACAGCACCAACCAGCCCCGGCGAGCGGCCGCGGGGGGGCACCAGCAAUGGGUCGCACCACGGGCGCCUGCCCCUGAGCAGAGCUCAGCGUCUGCCCCCAGACUGAGCACGGCCCCACACGGAUAUGUCCUGGGUGGCUGGGGGGGGGGCCCGGCCCUCCCAUGGGCACCGUGUGGGGUGGGGAGCAGGGAAGGCACUGUGGGGACACCCUGCCCUGCUCCCCCUGGCUGUGUGUGGGGCUGCCCCCCUGCCGCAGGCUCACAGCAGAGCUCUGCAUUGGGGCAGCCACCAGGAGUGCCCCCCUCCCCGGCUUGGGGCUGUGUCCCGGGCCCCCCCCUCACAUACACCUCCAUCACCCCACGCCUGCCCCGGCACUGCCCCACAUCCCAGCAUGAUCAAGGAGUUUUCCAAAUGGAUGUUUCUAUUUUAAUGCUUGUAAUAAAAACAAGAGGCCAACACCGAUCGGCUCUGCCCUGCCCUGGGGGGGUCCACACACAGCCCUGA